AUGGCCGACAAACUUCGCACCCAACAACAACUCGAAUCCCUCCAGAACAAAUACGUCGGCACCGGCCACUCCGACACCACCAAGCACGAGUGGACGGCCAACAUCGCGCGCGACUCGUACGCUAGCUAUCAGGGCCAUCCUCCGCUUCUGCACUACAUGGCGAUCGGGAUGGGCAUGCCGAUGGAGAAGGUUAGGAUGCACUGUAUGGAGAAGAUGGUGUUGCCUUGUGGGCCGGCGCCGAGGGCGGAGGAAUGA